UUACUGUUUCCAUAAUGCUCACCCAAUAAACUAUGCAGUUCAUUUUCACGUCCUCCUGAAAAUGAAAGCUUUCGUGUAAUUUAAUCAAAUAAAUCAGACGUAAGGAUAAUUAAAAUGUAAGAGCAAAGAAAUGAAAGGAGAGUGAAGCGCUUAUUGGAUAGGGGUGGAUGUUCGUACAGAUUUAAUAACAAUUUAUAAGGGUAAUUGUUACGUAGUGCGAUUUGAUAAGAAAUAAUCGAGUGUGGGGUCCAAUUUAACUCCUCUAAGAGCCCGCUUUUCCCGCCUCAGUUAAACUUAUCUGAUUUUUUUUCGAAUGUAUUUACAUAGUAAGUUAACUAUCGCCCAAGAGAAAAUAAAAGCCGGCCCUAAAUGUCAUGUAACAGUCGCAAAAUUAAAAUGGGUUAGGUCAGGCGUCGUAACGGGUAGAAGGGUUGAAAUUUCCUCGGGCGGCAGCUGUAUACGUUAAACUGUCCAGUUUUAAAAUGUAUUUAACUUUUGUAGUUCCGAGAAAGAAAAUACGAUAUGGAGGUAGAUAGUGAAGAAAACUUUAGAAAAGUGAUACAAAGAAACAAUUGCCCCGCCUCUUCAUUUCCAUCGGAAGCGUCAAUCACCAAGAAUUUUGUCGACUUUAUUGACACUAGCAAAAGUUUAGAUCACGAUCCAAAUGUGCAAGCUAUGCAAUCCUCGUAUUAUCCUAAUCGAGGUGACAUUCCUAGCGCUACGGAAUUAAGCGAAAGUGCUAUUUUAGAAGCUCUCAAUGCACUUAUAAAAGCCGUGAAUACACUAACAGUAGAUGUCCGUAACCAACACCAGGUUAUUGACCGACUCAGAGUCUUACUAGAAAACUGCAAUAUUUGCAAUUCCGCUUCUAUAACCACUCAACCGACAUGCGGCACGCACCCCCCGCAAUGUUUCGCUCGCGUGCAAUGCCAAGACACACCUAACGGUCCCAGAUGCGGACCGUGUCCCUACGGAUUUGUCGGAAACGGAUACGAAUGCACGGCCGUUCGUACAUGCCGAGAUUAUCCCUGUUUCCACGACGUCCAGUGCAGGGAUACCGAUCACGGUUACGAAUGCGGUCCGUGUCCAGCAGGAUACGAGGGGGACGGAGAGCAUUGUGCUAAACGUAGCGGAUGCGAAUACAGCCCCUGUCAUCCAGGUGUACAGUGCAUUCCAAUAAACGCUCAUCCCUUUUACCGAUGUGAAGGCUGCCCGCCUGGAUUUACCGGCAAUGGAACAGCGUGUCGGGAUAUAGACGAGUGCGAUCUGGAAGAACCUUGUCAUCCAGAUGUCGAAUGCACAAACUUAAAUCCGGGCUAUCGUUGCGGACCUUGUCCGCCAGGGUACACCGGAAGCUCCGGAUUUUCAGGUAUUGGUCUCGAGGAAGCUCGGUUCAGACGACAAGACUGUCACGACAUUGACGAAUGCGCCGAGGGAAUCGCAAACUGCGUUCCUCACUCGUAUUGCCGAAACUUAGAGGGCUCUUACAGAUGCGAAGGGUGCGACCCGGGAUACAUGGGGAACCAAUCUAUGGGCUGCCAUACUGAACUGGGUCUUUGCCCCGAUGGAAGUCGUUGUCACCAACACGCCGAGUGCUACCAAAUCAUGUACGGACGGUACGGUUGUAAAUGCAAGAUUGGGUUUGCCGGUGAUGGCGUCGUCUGCGGGCCGGAUCAGGACUUAGACGGUUGGCCUGAUUUUACCUUGAACUGUCGAGAUCCGAGAUGCAAAAAGGUAAAUACUCGCGUUUAUUCAAAGCAAGCUAACGUAAAGAUUGAGGAAAGACAAUGGAGAAGCAAAAGAGCACAUGCACGACACAGUAUGUUACGUAAUAAAGGUGGAACAUUCGAUUCCAAUCUUAAAAAGCUCUCAUAAGCUAUAGUUUAAAUUUUCUCUUACUCUUAACAAUUACAACUUAGUGCAACUAUGUAAAUGUACUUAUCUAAUAAACUUGUGUACUGUA